AGUUGUUGGCCUCUAGCUGAUGACUGAUGAUUAUCAGAGAGAAUAGUAUAUAAGGUCUACCCAGAGAGAGAGUAGAGUAAGAGGGAAGAAUUCUGAGGAAUUAAGUGUAUUGGUAGAAAAGAAGCUAAUAAAGAAACUUGAGAAAGAGUGGCCAGAGAAGUAGGAGGAAGCCAAGGGAAAAGAGUGUUUCAGGGGGGUCUGGUCAGCUGUGUUGAAUGCUGCUGAGUCAAGACCCCAGAAGUGUCCAUUGGAUAUAGCAACACUGUGAUAAUUGGUGAUCUUGAGGACCAAAUCUGUGGUUGAGUGGAAACAAUCCAAUCAGAAUGGGUAGAAAAGUGAUUACAGUCUAAGGUUGUAGUGAUUAAACUAUGAGAGGAAAGUACAGGAGUGGAAAGAUUUCUUUUUCAGAAAGCUUGAUCUUGAAAGGAAGAUACAAAGACAGUCAGUCUAGAGAGGUUAUGGAUAAAAUCUUGAUUUGAACUGUAGCAUUUUUUUAAAAGUAUUUUUUAGAUUAACGCUGUCAUGUUCUGAUGAUAUAAUAAUCAUUCUCCAGGUCUAAUUUCAUGAACCUUUUCCUCAAUUGUGAGAACUUGAGUUUGAGAGUUAAACAGUUUUAGGAAAUUAUGGAUCACUCACACAUAAUCAGAAAAAGGGGAAAUAUGGGCAUCGAGAGUAGAAGGAUAGAACAUGGAAGACAGAGCGGUAGUUGAGGUCUUUGUUUUAAAUUGGAGUGCUAAACCUUGCUUGAGCCCUUGUGACAGGAAAUAGGUGACUUGUAUGGAUGAACUUAAAUGGUUGGCAGGGAGUUGAGAAAUAACCUGUUCAGCUGUAUAGAGUAGCUUAAGUAAAGAUUCAGAGGUUUUUCCAUCUCAAGCAUCCAAGGUAAUGAAUUUCUAGGACUGUAGUGAGACCUGGAGAAGAACAGGCAGGAACCAGUUUUUCAGAAUCAUGAAAUAUCAAGAAGACUAUCAAUGAAUGGAAUAUAGACACACAUUUCUCUUGGAAUGCACAUCUGCAACAAAGCAAAAUGCAUGACCAGCGCCACAUUGAAACCUGUGGGGGAGGGAGAGUCUGGGAAGUGUUUAGUAAGUUUUUAAUAAAUUAUUUAUAUAGUACUUGUAACUGAUACAGGCUGUGUAAAGAGUUCGUCUUAGUGUGCUCUCUUUAUUUUAGUAAAUGUAAAAAUCUGUUCACUAUAAUUAGAUUAAUCUGAUUUUUUUUCCUCAGCUACUUAUAAACGUGAAGGUAGAUAAGAGUUUUGUUGCCAUGGUAGAGAUAAAACCACAUUAAGUAGAUCAAAACUUAUUAGAAUUUUCAAUUUUUGGAAGAUUGAUCUAUGUUUGUAGGUGAAAAUAAAUUUUUUUUUAGUCCUGUUGACUUUAAAGCAUUCCAAGUAGAUUUGCUCAUAAAAUGCUUAGUAUCUUAAUGAAUUGGUAUCUUGAUAAAUGUAAAUGUUGUUAAAUUGUGUCAGAUAAACUUAAUAGUUGAACAGAAAUUUUUAUGUAAAGGUAUAAGCAUAUGUUUAAAUAAUAUUUUAAUAUGGUUAAAAUGAAUAUGUAAUUAUAUACAAAUUUGUAAACUUAUUCUAAUAUAAAUGUAUUAAAGAGUUCAUGAUUUUAAUUUAGACUAUAGAAAUUAUUCCUUCAGAUUAUCUCAGUGUCACUAAGCUUUGUGCUAUACUGUACUACAGUGAAGGGAGCAGUAGCAGUGUCAGUUCAGAGAAGUUAAGUACAGAUAAGAGAAGUAGUGAAGACCACAGGAAGGACAGCAAGUGUAGGAUCAUUUUCCAUUAUGGACCUUUCCAGGGAACAGCCAGGUAAAAUCAAGCAAUCCUUUACUCUGCCUUUUUUAAUGUUUUACCCUUAUCUGUUCCUCCUUUCACUAAUAUUUGUUUCUUUCUGCAGAGGUUGUUGGAUGGACGUAUGGGAACUAAUGUCCCAAGAAUGCAGGGAUGAAGUAGUUUUAAUUGACUCUAGUUGUCUUUUAGAAACACUAGAAACAUAUCUGCGAAAACACAGGUUUUGCACCGAUUGCAAAAAUAAAGUCCUCCGAGCAUACAAUAUCCUUAUUGGCGAACUUGAUUGCAGCAAAGAGAAGGGCUACUGUGCUGCACUUUAUGAAGGUUUGCGGUGCUGUCCACACGAACGGCACAUACACGUUUGCUGUGAAACAGACUUCAUUGCACAUCUCUUGGGUCGUGCUGAGCCAGAGUUCGCAGGAGGGUAUGAGAGAAGAGAAAGGCAUGCUAAGACAAUAGAUAUAGCUCAAGAGGAAGUUCUGACCUGCUUGGGAAUUCAUCUUUAUGAAAGAUGGCAUCGAAUCUGGCAAAAACUACUAGCAGAGGAGCAAACAUGGCAGAUGCUUUUCUAUCUUGGUGUUGAUGCUUUACGCAAGAGUUUUGAGAUGACUGUGGAGAAAGUACAGGGUAUUAGCCGAUUAGAACAACUUUGCGAAGAAUUUUCAGAGGAGGAACGAGUAAGAGAACUCAAGCAAGAAAAGAAACGCCAAAAACGGAAGAACAGACGAAAAAAUAAAUGUGUAUGUGAUAUUCCUACUCCCUUACAAGCAGCAGAUGAAAAGGAAGUAAGCCAAGAGAAGGAAACAGACUUCAUAGAAAACAGCUGCAAAGCCUGUGGCAGCACUGAAGAUGGUAAUGGUUGCGUAGAAGUCAUUGUUACCAACGAAAAUACGUCCUGUACCUGUCCUAGCAGUGGCAAUCUCUUGGGGUCCCCUAAAAUAAAGAAAGGCUUAUCACCACACUGUAAUGGUAGUGAUUGCGGAUAUUCAUCUAGCAUGGAAGGGAGUGAAACCGGUUCUCGGGAGGGUUCGGAUGUUGCCUGCACUGAAGGCAUUUGUAAUCAUGAUGAACACGGUGACGACUCCUGUGUUCAUCACUGUGAAGACAAAGAGGAUGAUGGUGAUAGUUGUGUUGAAUGUUGGGCAAAUUCUGAAGAGAACAACACCAAAGGAAAAAAUAAAAAGAAGAAAAAGAAAAGCAAGAUGUUGAAAUGUGAUGAACAUAUCCAAAAGCUUGGAAGCUGUAUUACAGAUCCAGGUAAUCGUGAGACCUCAGGAAAUACCGUGCACACAGUGUUUCACCGUGACAAGACCAAAGAUGCAUAUCCUGAAAGCUGUUGUAGUUCUGAAAAGGGUGGGCAGCCACUGCCUUGGUUUGAGCAUAGGAAAAACAUACCACAGUUUGCAGAAUCUACAGAACCGUCAUUUGGUCCUGAUUCCGGAAAAGGUGCCAAGAGCUUAGUUGAACUCCUUGAUGAAUCUGAAUGUACUUCAGAUGAGGAAAUCUUUAUCUCACAAGAUGAAAUACAGUCAUUUAUGGCUAAUAACCAGUCUUUCUACAGCAAUAGAGAACAAUACCGACAGCAUCUGAAGGAGAAAUUUAAUAAAUACUGCCGCUUAAAUGAUCACAAGAGGCCCAUUUGUAGUGGCUGGUUGACAACAGCUGGAGCAAAUUAAAUAAAUAAAAUAGCUCUGUCUUUCAAUGAAACACUCAAGAUGACUACUGCGCCUUCUCUUUCAAAAAACUCUUAAUUUAGUGACUUAUGGCAAAAUUUUAUCUUAAAUCAAUGUGAUUCUUUCUUGUUUUGGGAGACGGUGGAGGUAACCUCAUUAGUUUGUUCUUUCUUCAGGCUUGUGUCUUUAGUUGCGUGGCUGCGCAGGCCUGCCAUAUGAUUUAAGCCAUCUCUCUUCAUUAAAUGUUUCUCUUCCUGUGAGACUUACUAAAGCAACUUAGUGGCAAAAAGUAAUGUUGUACUUAUACUUCUGUACAGAAAUGACAAUGAGCUGAAUAUAUGGUUUUACAAAGUAGACAUCCACUUGCGAAAUGUUUGGAUGUAAUGUUAAAGCGCAAUGUGCAAAAUUUAAAAUAAAGAAUAUUUAUUAAUACGCAUAGUAAAAA